UCCUCCAUCGCAUUCAAGAAACAAAAAAACCAUCUCAUUGUGUUUUAGUCUCCAAGUAACAUCUGAUCUUGAGAAAGACGAGGAGCGGAAAUGGGCUCUGCUAGUGCUGCUGCUGGUGCCUCGGCUUCAUGGACGGUGAUUCUGACGAGAGCCGCAUUCCUCGCGCUGUGCGCUCUCGCGGUUUUGCCACCUCUCGCUCAGGCGAAGCAUGGAGGCGCCACUAGGCAUUACAAGUUCGAUAUCAAGAUGCAGAAUGUGACGAGGUUGUGCCAGACGAAGAGCAUUGUCACGGUCAAUGGCCAGUUCCCGGGGCCUCGAAUCGUCGCAAGAGAAGGUGACCGGCUUUUAAUCAAAGUGGUUAACCACGUCCAGUACAAUGUCACCAUCCACUGGCAUGGAGUCCGACAGCUCAGGAGCGGAUGGGCGGAUGGGCCGGCGUACGUCACACAGUGCCCGAUUCAAACUGGCCAAACCUAUGUCUACAACUUCACCGUGACUGGCCAAAGGGGAACACUGUUUUGGCAUGCCCACAUAUCAUGGCUCAGGGCGACGGUGUACGGCCCGAUCGUGAUCCUCCCGAAGAAACAUGCUUCUUACCCUUUUCCCCAACCUUUCAAAGAAGUUCCCAUAGUUUUCGGAGAAUGGUGGAAAGCCGACACAGAAACCAUCAUAAACCAGGCCUUGACGACCGGAGGCGCGCCAAACCUCUCCGACGCCUACACGAUGAAUGGCUUUCCAGGGCCCCUAUACAAUUGUUCGGCCAAAGAUACGUUCAAGCUCAAAGUUAAGCCCGGAAAGACCUACCUCCUUCGCCUCAUCAACGCCGCCCUCAACGACGAGCUCUUCUUCAGCGUCGCCAACCACACGCUCAGCAUCGUAGAAGCCGAUGCAGUUUACGUGAAGCCCUUCAAGACCCACACUGUGCUAAUUACCCCAGGACAGACCACCAACGUCCUGCUCCGAGCAAAAUCUAAGGCCCCGAAUGCCACAUUCGUCAUGGCGGCUAGGCCCUAUGCCACUGGUCCCGGCGCCUUCGACAACACCACCGUCACUGGAUUCCUCGAAUACGCCAAACCCUCUUCACCCUCAAAACCUAAGGCAUCCAAACUCCCUAUCCUCAAGCCAACCCUACCGAAGUUCAACGACACGGCAUUCGCCACGAAAUUCUCCCUAAAGCUACGUAGCUUAAACACCGCUCAGUUCCCCGCAAAGGUACCCCGAACCGUGGACAAGAAGUUCUUCUUCACCGUCGGCCUAGGGUUGAACUCAUGCCCGAAAAACCAAACCUGCCAAGGUCCUAACAACGCAAUGCUGGCGGCCUCAAUAAACAACGUCUCCUUCGUGCUGCCGACCACGGCCUUACUCCAAGCUCACUUCUUCAAGCAGUCCAAGGGGGUUUACACCACUGAUUUCCCCGCCAACCCUCCUUUCAAGUUCAACUACACGGGUACCCCGCUGAGCAACAUCAUGGUGACUAGCGGCACGAAGGUGGCGGUCCUGCCGUUCAACACGACCGUGGAGCUGGUGAUGCAGGAUACGAGCAUCAUCGGUUUGGAGAGCCACCCUCUUCACCUCCAUGGAUUCAACUUCUUCGUGGUGGGUCAGGGUUUUGGGAACUUCAACCCGAAGAAGGACCCCAAGAAUUUUAAUCUGGUCGACCCGGCAGAGAGGAACACGGUCAGUGUCCCGUCCGGUGGGUGGGUGGCCAUCCGGUUUCUCGCGGACAAUCCAGGGGUGUGGUUCAUGCACUGUCACUUGGAGGUUCACACGAGCUGGGGACUGAAGAUGGCAUGGAUUGUCAUGGACGGAAAGGGUUGGAAGCAAAAGUUGCCGCCGCCGCCAGCCGAUCUUCCUAAGUGUUGAUUUUCCGAUUUUGUUUUCCCUUCCCAAGAGCAAUUUUUUUAUUAGCUUUUGCAUUGUUCUUUGAUUCAUUCUUUCUUUCCAAGUUCCUUUUUCUCCUCGGAUAUCACAAUACAAGAUGUAAUAAUGCAAUCCCAAAUCUCAACAAAGUAAAAUGGGCAACCUUCGAUACUCUUCUCCUAAA